GGGGGGGGGCUCCUUAGGACAGCACUUGAUCAGACACACAGAAGAGCCUUGCCGAGUGAAUGGACAAGGGGGAAGAGAAGGGCCUCUUUUCCCCACUGAAUCCAUUAAAGAACAACAGCCAGCCCGUCCUGCUGAAGGAUUAGCUCCCUGUCCAUGCUAAGAUGGGCGUCCCCUCGGUGAUGGUGCUGCCCCUGCUGGUAGUCUUUGCAGCAGGGAUUUACUACAUCUACAAUGAGGUCAUACAGUUCAUGUCCAAGAGCUUAGUGCGCAACAAAGUGGUGGCGAUCACCGAUGCUGUGUCUGGAGUCGGAACUGAAUGUGCCCAUCUCUUCCAUAAGGCCGGUGCCAGGCUCAUCCUGUGUGGAGCCACCUGGGAUAAACUGGAAUCACUCUAUGAUUCUUUGAUUACUGACUCUGACCCAAGAGAGACAUUCGCCCCAAAGCUGGUGAUCCUGGAUUUCAGUGACAUGGACAGUAUGGAGGAUGUGGUGGCUGAGGUCAUGGACUGCUAUGGCUAUGUGGAUGUGCUGAUCUGCAACAGCAGCGUGAAACUUAAAGCCCCCAUUCAGAGCGUCUCUCUGGAAAUGGACAGAAAUAUAAUGGACAUCAACUACUUUGGCCCAAGCACUCUCACCAAAGGUGUUCUUCCGGCGAUGAUGUCCAGAAGAUCAGGACACGUUAUUCUGGUCAACAGCAUCCAGGGCAGACUGGCAGUCCCAUUCAGAAGCUCGUAUGCUGCCUCCAAACAUGCGGCGCAGGCCUUCUUUGACUGCCUCAGGGCAGAAGUGGAGGAGUACGGGAUUCUUGUUAGCACCAUCAGCCACACCUUCAUCAAUGCCGCUGAACCUCCACCUGCGGUGAAGACAGCUCCAAAACAAAAUCUCUUUGCUAAAUAUAUCAGCAGCCAGCUAAGCCAUGGCGUGCGGCCCUCGGUCCUGGCCAAUGAGAUUCUGCAGACGGUGAACAGGAAGAGGAAGGAGGUUAUGCUGGCCCACCCCAUCCCCAGGGUGGCCCUCUACCUCCGCUCCCUCUUUCCUCCCUUUCUCUUCUCAGUGUUGGCAGCGGGAGUGAAGGACUCCGUGUUGGGCGAGCAGAUGCAGUAGACAAAGAUAGAAGUAGCUCAGAAUUGUCAAACACGAACGUGGUUGCUUUGAGAACAUCACACUGUUUUAUUUUACAGCCUGACAGUUUCUGAGAUAACUUUUGAUCUUGACAAAGAAGAAUGAGUGAUUACAUGAAAAACCUCCCGGUGAAGAGUAAAACAUAAUUAGGAUUAGAUUGUAACAUCUUAGAAAAUUUGUAUUAAAAAAACACGUAAACUUUCUUCAACAUGCAAGAGACUUUUCGGAACUUCCAUAAUAACUUAGAUGCUUUUCUCAAAAUCUUUGUAAAAAAAAAUAGUGUUGGGCCGAUGCCAUUUUUUGGCCCCG